UCUAGUCUUAGUUUAGAAAUGCAAAUAAAGGUUCAAAUUGUUUCAAAAGAAAUGGUGAAGAUAUCAUCUUCACCAUCGAUUCAACAUCAUAAACCUCAUAAACUCUCAUUCUUCGAUCAACUUACUCCUACAACUUAUGUUCCAGUCAUUCUAUUUUACCCUAUCAAAAACAUUUCACCAUCAACCCUAUCAUCAAAAUUAAAGGUUGCACUAUUCAAAACUCUCAAUCUCUAUUACCCUCUCAGCGGAAGGGCAACGGAUAAUCUCUAUAUCGAUCGUUUCGACGAAGGUGUUCCGUUUCUUGAAGCGCAAGUAAAUUGUUCAUUCUCUUAUUUUCUUAAACAUCACGAACCCGAGUCACUAAACUCUUUGCUUCCAUGCGAACCAUUCAGCAAGGUGGCGGAUCAAAUGAACGCGCCUUUAACCGCAGUUCAGAUCAACAUUUUUAAUUGUGGAUCAGGAAUAGCAUUGGGUUGGUGUAUGUCACAUAAGAGUUUUGAUGCAGCUACAGCUUCAAGUUUUUCUACUACUUGGGCUUCAUUUUGUCGUGGAGAUCUGCACGAUGUUGUAGAGCCUGAUCUCGAGCAAGGGAACAUAUAUUUUCCAUCACUAACUAAAAUUCCUGAAAAUAAUUUGUCUUUAUUGGAAAAGUUAUGGUUUGUUACUAAAGCAGAUUACGUUACGAGGAGAUUCGUGUUCAACGCGAAAGCAAUUGGCGCCCUUACGACUAAGGCGAAAGGUAAAGCUGAAAAAGAACCAUCUCGGAUUCAAACGUUGUCGUGUUUCAUUUGGAAAUGCAGUAUGGCUGCAUCAAAAUCAAUAUCAGGAACACCAAAGGUAUCUAUUCUUGUGGAGGCGACGAAUCUCAGGCGAAAAACAAGUCCGCCCAUGAAAGAUAGUUCCAUUGGGAAUCUGUUUUGGUGGGCUGUAGCAAUGGCUAAUUUUAGUGAUGCAAACAGUGUAGAGCUAAAUGAACUGGUGAGCAUGCUAAGCGAAUCGGUUGAUCUGUAUAAAACCGAUUAUACGCAUAGUUUUCAAGGCGAAAAAGGGUUCGAAACGAUGUCGGAUUUCUGCGAGCAUUUAAGAGAGGUACUAUCUUCGGAAGAGCCUGACAUUUUUGGAUUUACAAGCUGGUCUAAAGCGCCUUUCACAAGACCUAAUUUUGGAUGGGGAGAGCCUUACUGGGUUGGUGUAAUGGGAAAACCAGGACAAGAAUUUAGAAAUAUGACUGUGUUUGUUGAUGCAAAGGAUGGUAAAGGGAUUGAAGCUUGGAUUACUUUAGAUGAAAAAAGAAUGGCGAUUUUACUACAAGAUCCCGAGUUCUUGGAAUUUGCUUCUCCAAAUCCUAGGUUUUCUAGCAUCUGAUAAUAAUUGUCCUUUUGAGAUUUUGCGUACUUUUGUUUUAUUUUGUAUUGGCAUGUAUCUUUUCU